ACUCUUGUGUCUGUUUUUCUCUGCAGUUCUGGAAACAUGCCGAAGCACGUGGAGGUCAGAAUGCAUGAAAGCCACCUGGAGCCCAUUGAGGCGAGGCCGAGGUCCAAAUUUGCCACAAUAUGCCAGAAGCUGCGCAAGAACCUGCUGCUCACACUGACUGUACUGGGUGUGAUUUUGGGAGCGGUUUUUGGUAUGCUGCUGCGUGUCGCUUCUCCGAUCGAUGACAACAUUGUCAUGGUAAUUGCCUUCCCUGGAGAUAUUCUAAUGAGGAUGCUGAAAAUGCUCAUCCUUCCCUUAAUCAUCUCCAGCUUAAUCACAGGUCUGGCUGGCCUGGAUGCAAAGUCAAGUGGUCGUCUGGGUUCCAGAGCCAUGAUCUAUUACAUGACCACUACUAUCAUUGCUGCUGUGCUGGGCGUGAUCCUGGUGCUCCUCAUCCACCCUGGAAAUCCAAAACUCAAGGAGAAUCUCGGAGAAGGAGCUAAGAAUGAUGAGGUCUCCAGUCUGGAUGCCUUUUUUGACCUUAUCAGAAACCUCUUCCCUGAGAACUUGGUUCAGUCUUGCUUCCAGCAGAUCCAGACCGUUGUGAAGAAGAUAGAAGUUCAACCUGACCUCGAUGACACCAACAGCACUAUGUCUGACUUUCUCUCUAAUGCCACCAAGCCACCGCCCAUUGUCAUAGUCAAGAAAUCUCUAGAGUUCAAGAGUGGAAUGAAUGUGCUGGGUCUAAUUGGAUUCUUCAUUGCCUUUGGAAUUUGCAUGGGCAAGAUGGGAGAGAGAGCUAGGCUUAUGAUUGAGUUCUUCAACAUUCUCAAUGAGAUUGUGAUGAAGCUUGUCAUCAUGAUUAUGUGGUACUCACCCUUUGGCAUUGCCUGCUUGAUCUGUGGAAAGAUCAUCUCUAUUAAAGAUCUGGAGGUGGUGGCCAGGCAGCUGGGGAUGUACAUGGUGACGGUUAUUGUUGGUCUGAUCAUCCAUGGUGCCAUAUUCCUGCCAGCCAUCUACUUUGCAAUUGUGAGGAAAAACCCCUUCACAUUCUUCAUGGGAAUCUUCCAGGCCUGGAUCACGGCUCUGGGCACAGCUUCUAGUGCUGGCACUCUGCCUGUAACUUUCCGCUGUCUUGAAGAAAACCUUGGUAUUGACAAGAGAGUUACACGGUUUGUGCUUCCAGUUGGAGCAACAAUUAACAUGGAUGGAACAGCCCUCUAUGAGGCUGUAGCUGCAAUUUUUAUUGCCCAGAUGAACGGAAUUUAUUUAGAUCCUGGUCAGAUCGUCACUGUCAGUCUUACAGCAACACUUGCCAGUAUUGGAGCGGCGAGUAUCCCCAGUGCUGGACUGGUCACCAUGUUACUCAUCCUGACAGCCGUCGGCCUUCCCACUCAAGACAUCAGUCUGCUGGUGGCUGUUGACUGGCUCCUGGAUCGUUUCCGUACCUCAGUUAAUGUGGUUGGAGACUCGUAUGGUGCUGGCAUUGUCUACCACUUGUCCAAGGCAGAGCUGGACGCUCUGGACGCCCAACAUGGGAAGACUGAUGACAUAGAGUUGAUGACCAAGACCCCAUCCUACUAUGAUGACCUCAAAAACCAUCAUGAAAACAACUCCAACCAGUGCGUCUAUGCUGCUCAAAAUUCAGUCUUAUUAGAUGAUUGCAAGGUAACCUUGGCAGCCACAAACGGCUCAACUGCGGAGUGCACGCUUGUUGAGGAAGAACCUCGGAAAAACAAUUAAUGCAAGCACACAGACCCCGGCACCCAAAAUGAGAGAAAAACCAACCUAUAUUCAUGCACAUAGAACAAAUGGGUUUUGUAGUUUAUUCCUAUGGUUUCUAUUCUUUUCUAACAUGUUUAACAAUGCAUAUGUUCUCAUGUAACACAAGAAUGUGAGGCCAAAAGCUCACACAUGCAGCUGAGGCAGUUAGGGAAAUUAUUUGUGAUGCUAAUAAAUAUAUACAUA